CUUUGACAAGCAAUUAUUUUAGAUAAGUUAGUUAGCUAAACUAACACAAUCACAUUUAUACACGGCACAUUAUUAUUUAUAUAUACAGCACAGAUGGAAUUAAAUCAAGAUGAUUGUAAUGAAUUUGAUUCUUUAAAAGUAAAAAAACUUUCGAGAGAUGUGCUCACUACGCUUGCUGACGAGUUACCGCGUGAUUGGAAAACACUUGCUCGUUUCUUGAACAUAAGUGAUAUAGAAAUAGACAGAGUUUUACAUGAGUGCAGUACAACUAGAGAAAAAAUAUAUGAGAUUUUUAAUAGUUGGUGCAGAAAUAAUCCAAAUAAAAAAUGGCGGGAUAUAAAAUCUGGAUUGAUUUUUUGUGAACGGAAAGAUGUCAUCUCUGAAUGCGAAAAAAAACUAACUGUGCGUUCAAUAUUUGGUGUACAAACUUCUUCAGAAAAUUUCUUUUCACGCGAAAAGUUAAUUAGUGAAAUUCAUCUUUAUUUAUCACAAGAUACAAAAACAACCUUAGUUUUGUAUGGAAUGUCAGGUGUCGGAAAAACACAUAUUGCCAGAAAAUAUUGUGAAACAUUUUAUAACUUCUAUGAAAAUUUUGUUUGGAUAGAUGCUGGAUUUGGAAAGUUACAAACUUCAAUGCAUAAUCUUUGUCAAAUAUUAGGAAUUAAUAGUCAAGAUUCGAGAGGUGAAUACUUCAAUAUAGAAGUGAUUGUUGAGAAAAUUCACAACUUUUAUAAAAACGAAAAAACAUUAUAUAUUUUUGACAAUGUCGAUGACGAAAGUGUGAAAAAUUUGAAAAUGUACAUUUCAAAAAAACCAAAAUCGUUUAGUUUGAUUACUUCACAGUGGAAAACGUGGUCGAACAAUGUAAAUAAAAUGCUUGUUGAUGUUUUCUCUUCAGAGGAAGCUUUCGUUUAUGUAAAAAGUAAUCUUAAAGAAAACACUAAUGAAGAUAUACAAAACUUAAUUAAAGAACUUGGUUAUCAUCCGUUUGCUAUUACUCAAGCAAUAAAAUAUAUAAAUAUACAUGAAGUAUCGAUUGAAAAAUAUCUAAAUCGAUAUAAAUUAAAACCCUUAGAAAUAUUAGACACUGAUUUCUUUCCAACCGAAGAAGAAUCAAGAUCCGCAAUUAAAGCAAUUAAUUUAGUUUUAUUAAAAUUAGAAAAAAAAAAUACUUUUACAUUUAAAAUACUAAAUUGUAUAUCUCAUUGCGACGGUCAAAAAAUUAGUAAAUUAUUAAUAACUCAAAUAUCAAACCACAUGGAAAUAAACGAAGAAUAUUUAAUAGAUGAAGCCAUUGGAUUACUGAUGAGUUAUUCUUUAAUAAACUCACUUGGUGAUGAAAAAUAUUCAAUGCACGAACUGACACAGUUGUCGUGUAGAUGCUUUCAAAAUCGAAGUUCAACCACAAAUACGUACCUUGAUCUAAUCAAAAGUUAUUUUGUUUCUGAGUUGAACGAAGUAAAUGAACACGUGGAUUACGGAAAUCAUUUUGUUUUUCAUUUUCUUCAUAUGUUUCAAAUUAGCAAAAAGAUAAUGUCAACAACUUUCCAUCAAAUGACUUCUUCUAUUAGGUAUUUAUUAGUAUCCAAAGGUUUGUUUGAAGAAGCAAUCGAACUAUUGACAGCUAUCCAAUGUUUUAAUGUAGAAACUUAUGGCGAAAAUAAUGAACUUACGCUUGAUACAAAACAAAACAUUGCACUCUGUUUCAAAAAUAUGGGAAAGUAUAACGAAGCUUUAGAAAUAUGUUAUUCUGUUGAUAAAAUAAAAACUGAAAUUUUAGGUUUCAACCAUCCAUCUACAACGCUAACAAAACAUUAUAUCGCAAGCUGUUUGAGUAAUUUGGGAAAAGAUAACGAAGCUUUAGAACUUUAUCAUUCUGUUGAGAAAAUUGAAACUGAAAUUUUAAGUAUCAACCAUUUAGAUACAAUGGAAACAAAAUAUAAUAUUGCAAACUGUUUGAAAAACAUGGGAAAAUAUACCGAAGCCUUAGAAAUUUAUUAUUCUGUCAAUAAAAAAGUAUCUGAAACGUUAGGCAUCAACCAUUCAUUCACGCUGAAAACAAAAUUUGGCAUCGCAAUGUGUUUACAAGACAUGGGAAAGUAUAACGAGGCUUUGGAAAAUUAUUUCACUUUUGAUAAAAAACUGUCAGAAAUAUAUGGAAUAAAUCAUCCAGAAAUGUUGAUAAUAAAACAUUGUAUGGCAAGAUGUUUGAACGACAUGGGAAAAUAUAACGAAGCUUUGGAAAUUUAUUAUUCUGUUGACAAAUUACAAACUGAAGUUUUAGGUAUCAACCAUCCAUCUACGCUGAUCACAAAAAAUAGUAUUGCGGGAUGUUUGAUUGAAACUGGAAUGUUUAACAAAGCUUUAGAAGUUUUUUAUUCUAUUGAUAAAAUACAAACUGAAAGUUUAGGCAUUGAAAAUUCAUUUACAAUGACAAUAAAAAGUAAUAUUGGUAGUUGUUUAAUUGCUAUGGGAAAAUAUAACGAGGCUUUAGAAAUUCAUAACUCUGUUCAUAAAAUACGAACCGAAAUUUUAGGUAUCAACCAUCCAUCUACCAUAACAACAAAAAAUAAAAUCGCUGUUUGUUUGCACGAAAUGGGAAAAUAUAAUGAAGCUUUAGAAAUUUAUUAUUCUAUUGAUAAAAUACAAUCCCAAGUUUUCGGUCUCAGUCAUCCAUUGACAAUGACAAUAAAAAAUAAUAUUGCAUGUUGUUUAAAUAAAAUGGGAAAAAUAAACGAAUCUUUAGAAAUUUUAUAUUCUGUUGAUAAAAUAAAAACUGAAAGUUUAGGCAUUAACCAUCCAGAUACAAUGCUGUCAAAACAUAAUAUCGCAAGUAAUUUAAAAGAUUUAGGAAAACAUAACGAAGCUUUAGAAAUUUAUUAUUCCGUUAAUAAAAUAGAAGCUGAAAUUUUAGAUUCCAACCAUCCAUCUGUAUUGAUAACAAAACAUAAUAUCGCACUCUGUUUGAAUGCUUUGGGAAAGUAUAAAGAAGCCUUAGAAAUAUUUAAGUUUGUUGAAAAAAUACAAACUGAAGUUUUAGGUAUCAAUCAUCCUUCUACAAUAGCAACAAAAAAAAAUAUUGCACUCUGUUUGAACAAUUUAGAAAAACAGCAAACAAGUUGUUUAAUUAUUUGAUUACUGUUACGCAAUAUUUUAUUAUAGGGGUUAAUUUGUUUCGAUAUUUAAACCAAUUCAUUCGAGUUAUAGGAAUAAAAUUUUAUUUUUAACUAAA